UACUAAUUGUCAGUGAGUCGUUUCAUUGACACUGAAAGAGAUGGCCAAAGACCUUGUAAUACUUGCUUAUUCUGGAGGCUUAGACACUAGCUGCAUAUUAAAAUGGUUGAUUCAAAAGAACUACGACGUCAUUUGUUACAUGGCAGAUGUGGGACAAUAUGAAGAUUUUGAGAAAGCUAAACAAAAAGCUUCAACGAUCGGAGCCAAAGAUGUAAUUGUAGAAGAUCUACGUGAAGAAUUUAUAACUAACUACAUGUUACCAGCUAUUCAAAUGGGUUUAAUUUACGAAGGUCGUUACUAUCUGGGAACUUCUCUGGCUCGGCCCUGCAUAUCGGUCGGAUUAGUGAACGCUGCUAAAAAACUAGGAGCAAAGUAUAUUUCCCAUGGUGCUACAGGGAAAGGAAACGACCAAGUGCGAUUUGAGCUUAGCGUGUAUUCGUUGUGGCCUGAGGGCAAGAUCAUAGCACCGUGGCGCCUUCCAGAAUUUUUUGAAAGAUUUCAAGGACGAAGUGACCUCAUUGAAUUUGCGAAGAAAGAGAACAUCCCUGUAACAGCAACACCUAAAGAACCGUGGUCGACAGAUGAAAAUAUUAUGCACGUAAGUUACGAAUCAGGAGUGUUGGAAGAUCCCUCCGUUAUUCCUCCAAAAGGAAUUUAUAAAAUGAGCCGCGACCUCCAACAAACUGAAGAUUACCCGUCAACAAUAGACAUAAAUUUCGAAAAAGGUCUUCCUGUAUCAGUACGAAUCCCUAGUGGACACGAAAACUCACUCCUCGUCACCAACUUCGUACCUCUAGUGCAGACCUUGAAUAAAUUAGGAGGGCAACACGGUGUCGGUCGUAUUGACAUCGUAGAAAACCGCUUUCUUGGACUAAAGUCAAGAGGACUCUAUGAAACACCUGCUGGUACAAUAUUACAUAUAGCGCACGUUGAUCUUGAGGCAUACUCUCUUGAUCGAGAAGUUCUAAGAAUAAAAAAAUACCUUCAAGAUAAAAUGGCCGAUUUUGUAUAUAACGGAUUUUGGUUUUCACCUGAAGCUAACUAUACAAAAACAUGCUUAGAAUUAUCGCAAGAGUCGGUUACUGGGACAGUUACUGUUCAAAUUUUCAAAGGAACUGUAACCGUUUUAGCACGAAAGAGUCCUACAGCCAGUCUCUACAACAAGGAGUUGGUGUCCAUGGACGUGGCUGGUGGCUUCUCACCAGAAGACAGCACUGGAUUUAUAAAUAUAAAUGCAUUGCGUCUUAAAGAAUACUCCAGAUUUACAAAACAUACAAGAUUUUGAUUAUAAUAUUUACAGCUGGUUUUCCUAUAGUUUCUAAUACUUAUUUUUUUUUUAUAAAUAUUUAUACAUUAUACUACAAUAAUAUACAUAGUUGUACUUUAGUCUAAGUAUGGAUUAAUAUCUAUAGCACAGAUAAUAUAAUAUUACAUAUCUAUACU